UUUUUGCUUUCGUUUCGAGGAAAUAAAUCCGUAAAAUAUAGUAACAGGCAUCUGCUUUGAAGCAAUGUCGCAGUUCAGUGGGACGAAAAAUCCACCAUGGGCGAGGCCACAAGCAGUUACAGACUUCACAACUGUAACUCCAUCACCAUCCAUAAACAACAUGCCUCAGUCUCAAGUUGCUGCCCCACUGAUGCAGCAGCAGCAGGUCCAGCCCCUUUAUGGUAUGUCCAGUGCUCCAGGCCAGAAUGUGGUUAAUCCCCAACAGUACACAGCACAGCAGCUCUUAGGUUUACAAGCACAGCAACAAGCAGCAGCUGCACUCCAGCAGCAAGCACAAGUCAUUCCACAGCCAGGUAUUGCCAUUCCAACCACUCUAGCCACCACCCAGGUAGCCACCGUCAGUUACCCCGCCCCCAGAGCCGCUGCCGUCCCAGCCAAUCAGCCAAAACAACGAGUAUUUACAGGCACCAUCACCAAACUACAUGAUAAUUUUGGAUUUGUGGAUGAGGAUGUUUUCUUUCAGACAAGUUGUGUGAAAGGGUCAGCACCAAAGGUGAAUGACAGAGUCUUAGUUGAAGCUAGUUUUAAUGCAAAUAUGCCGUUCAAGUGGAAUGCAACCAGAAUUCAGGUUCUACCAAAUCAAGUAGGACCCCAAGGUAAUCAUCAAAAUCUCAAUAAACCUGUGUUUGGUGUGCAGCAGGGAAAUCAGAUGGGCGGCUUCACUGGACAGCCAGCACCUCAACCACUGAUGCAACAAGGGUUCAACGAGGCCUUAAUCCCAAGGAAUACAGGCAAUGUCAGGAGGAAUGAAAGGUUUGAAAGAGAGAGAGAAAGAAAAAGAGAUAGAGAAAGAAGGGAAAGAAAUGAUAGACCUCCUCCACCAAGGAAGCGAUCAAGAUCUAAGUCGCCAUCGUCAAAAAGAUCUGAGAGUACCAGUCAUCAAAGGAGCCCAGCAAGACGGCGACCGAGAAUUGUACCUAGAUAUGUUGUCCAAGUGCCAAAACUUUCAUUUGAUAUGAAAGAAGCCAAUGUUAUUUCUUUGAAAUCAAGAUACACUAACCUGUACAUACCUAGUGACUUCUUCAAUGCCAGCUUUGAGUGGACAGAAGCUUUUCCUUGCUACAGGCCCUUUCAGAUAGGAAAUCACUGUGGCUUCCAUAUCAUGCACAAGGAUGUGGAACCACUUAAUACUAAUGACUCAGUGCUGGACCCACCUGAUGCAGAUCACCUUUUCAGUGCUAAGGUGAUGCUGAUGUCCUGCCCUAGUCUAGAAGAUUUGUAUCACAAGUCCUGCGCCUUGGCGGAUGAUCCCCCAGAAGUACAGGAGGGAUUUGUCCACCCCACCAGGCUCAUUCACUUCCUGGUGGGGCUCAAAGGAAAGAAUGAAACCAUGGCAAUAGGGGGACCUUGGUCACCUUCCAUGGAUGGCCCAAACCCCAGAGAGGACCCCCAAGUUCUGAUUCGGACAGCCAUCCGAACUACCAAGGCUCUGACCGGCAUUGAUCUUAACAGCUGCACUCAGUGGUACCAGUUCGCUGAGGUGCGGUACCUACGUCAAGAGGAGAUGCACAAGGGCAAAUUGGUUCCAGCUCGAGUAGAAACCACCGUCAUAUUUUUACCUGAUGUGUGGAGCUGUAAUCCAACCCGCCUCGAGUGGGCAACUUUGCAGGCCGCUUAUAAAAAGCAACUCCAGAAAAAAGUAGCAUCUGUGACCAAGGGAGAAGGGAAAGAGGCAAAUUCACAGGAGGAGGAGGAAACUGAAGGAGAAAUUAACGAGGAGAAUAAGGAGCCAACUCAUUACUCUGAGCUUGACCCCAAAACUAUGAAGAUAGUAGAUCUUAGAAGAGAACUGGAAAGUAGGUCAGUGAGUUCAAAAGGUCUGAAGUCACAGCUGAUUGCCCGCCUCACUAAAGCUUUGAAGUCUGAACAGGAGAAAGAGGAGGAACAGGAGGCCAUGGAAGGGCAACAGAAUACAGAAGUCAGUGAGGAAGUAAAAAAGAACUUAGAUGCAGCUGAUGAAAAAUCAGAUGAAAAGAAAAAAGAGCAGGAGGAGGAAAAGAAGAAGAGAGAGGAAAGAGACAAGGCAUCAUUGGAGAGGAAGUAUGCCUUGCCAGAUAACCCCAAUAUCAUUGUCCACCCCAGCUCAGUGGCCAAGGGAGGGAAGUUCGACUGCUCCCUCAUGUCUCUCAGUGUUCUACUGGACUACAGACCAGAGGACAACAAGGAGCAUUCAUUUGAGGUGUCACUGUUUGCUGAACUUUUCAAUGAAAUGCUGAUGAGGGACUAUGGUUUUGAGAUUUACAAGGCUUUGAUCAAAGCUCCAGAGAAAAAAGAGGAAGAAAAGAAAGAGAAGAGAUCAGCUGAUGACAAAUCUAGCAAGGAUUCAAGUUCUGCUAAAAAGAAGAAAACAGAUGAAAAAGAAAAACAGGAAUCCAACAAAAAGGAUUCUAAAGAGAGUAAAGAGAAAGAAAAGAAAAAGGAAGAUGACAAGAAAGACCAAGAGAAGAAGGAAGAGGAGGAGGUGGAUGAUGAUGAAGAAGGCAAAAAGGACAAAGAGGAAAAGAAGAAGCGAGAGAAAAAGAAAUACCAGACAAAGGAUGCGGCUCUGUUGUUGGCUUUUACUUACUUUGACCAGAACCACACUGGCUACUUAUUGGAUAAGGAUGUGGAGGAAAUUAUACACACCAUAGGUCUACAACUUUCCAGGGCACAGGUUAAAAAACUUGUUCAGAAAUUGGUGACAAGGGAUGCUCUGAAUUAUCGUAAGCUGACAGAUAAGCCUGUCCCCACCCCUGGGGAAAAGGAGGAGGCCACCCAAGAGGAAAAGGAGCUUAAAGUUUCUGACAUCGUUAAACUGUCAAAAGGUAACAGUGAAUACCUUCCUUGUCAGUCCCCAGUAAAAUCAGAAUCCGUGGAUAUGAAAGUGGAGAAGAAGUCUCCAAAGGCACAGGAAGUAAAAGAGUCCCCGAGUCACAUGAUCACCUACAAGGGAGCCAUGAUAGAUAUAGAGAGCUUAAUGUCUCAGUUAGAGAGGAGUGAGAAGACCAGGGCAGAGAUGGAAAAACAGAUGAUGGAAAUCAACAAAGAGAAAGAGCAAAUGAAGAAGAGCAUUGGUGUCAAGGAUGAGAAAAGUGAGAAGCUGUCCAUGGAGCUGAAGAACCUGAAACAGAAGUUGUUGGUACAGGAGAAGAUCACCAACAACUCCGAGUCCACCAGUAAAAAGUACCUCUCAGCCCUGCUGGAAUCCAGGGAGCAUCUCAACUCCAUGUUGUCUACCGUCACAAACGCUCUGGGGGAGAAAGACGCAGUGGAAGACAUCAAAAAGGAGCCCGAGUCUAAUGGAAAUUCAUGAUGAUGGAGAGGUUUUUAGAGAUAAUCAAAUUGAAAUAAC